AUGGACGAAGAGAAACCUUUAUUCACGACGGCCAGCGAGAAUCAAUGUAUGACAAAUAAGGAAAGUUUUACACAAUCGGAAAGAGCUAUCAACGCUUCAGACAGUGCGUUUUCACCUCUCGCUGCACCAUUUCAGAGCAGAGUUAACAAUGGUCUACUCAAUAUGAUGCAACAAGAACCACGAGCCGCUGAUACUGCGCCCUCCGCCGCCGAUUUAGAUGACGUCUUGGUGAAUCUCCGCAUUAAUGGCAACGAGCCAAUAUUUGACGAAAUGGAUCAGAAUUCGCAAAAUUACUUUAAUAUGGGGGGGAGUAGAACAGAUACGAUGGCUGGAUCUCAUUCUAAUAUAUGGUCUGAAGGCGCUACCCCUUCUGGCUCUAGGAAUGGAGAGAUGAUUGACACUUUUGAUUUCCUUAUUAAGAGUCUAUCUGCAGCCAACAAUUACGUGUCCAUGUUGACUAGAGAGCAGUUGUCUGUAUUACGGUGUAUCAGACCGAGUCUGUUGUACGAAAUGUUGCAAGAAGUAGCUAAGGUCCGUAGCGACAAACGAAUGAGACGAGCUCUGCCUAAUGAGUGUGCUUUCUGCAAAAACAACGGUGAGAACGAAGAGUCGUAUACAUCGCACGCGUUGAAGGACUGGCGCGGACGUGUUGAGUGUCCCGUGUUGAGAGCCUUCCGCUGUCCACGAUGCGGCGCUACCGGCGACAGGGCUCAUACUAUCAAGUACUGCCCCGAGAAUGGAGAAGCUGCACAUACUAUAUCUACGCUCUCUACAUGUUCUUCUUCAUCAGGUAUGGACCGCGGUGGUCUAUUAUCUCGUCGCCGCGCGCCGUCAAGUUUGCUCCUCGGUAGAGCUGGUUGCAGCACCCCUACACCGACUACGUCACCAUCCGUCAACCAGCCUUCAUUGUGGUCUAAUUUCGGCAUAAACUAA